AUGAAUACCCUACUGCAAGAAGUAUCCAUCGAAAGGUAUGACGCUCCGCCCGAGGAACCGGUGCCCGAAGAAGGCGAGAUCUACACCGACUUCCUCGACAGAGAAGGGGCCGCUAUCGGUUCCUUUCGUCAGCUUGCAUCCAAGCACUACAAUAAGCUCUCCCAGUAUAUCUUCGAGCUUGAGCAUCUGGCCGCAUACGGUGAGCUGCAAUUGAGUAGAGGUUUUCUCAUUGAUGGCGUGCAUCUUUCGCAAAUUCUGUGCCAUGCUCGUAACGAAUCCCUGACGCAUUUCAGCGGACUCAUGACAAACUAUUUUAAAAUGAUCAAGGUGAAGGAGAUAUUCCAGGGUAACGAGCCUCGUGAAGCCCAAGAGAUUAGCGCAGCGCUGAGGCACAGAAAGUUUUCGUGGCACAGUUUUAUUUAUCACCCAAUUGAUUGCAGCCCCACGCUCGUUGAGCUCAACAAGGAACAAGAAGAGUAA